AUGCCCAAAAAAGAUAGAGAUGUCUGGGACCCGCCGGAGGAUCGCAAGAUGGUUAAGGAAUUGCCAUCUGCUUUCAUGCAACACUUUCAGGACCGUGCGGUGCGAGUUGGAAAGGAUGGCAGUAAUGCACAGUUGGUUCGGGUAAAGAAGACGAAGCCAAUACAAUGGUCAGAUGGGAACAAUAGGAAUAAGGAGGGUAGGGGAUCGAUACCUGGCCCCUUGGGGGAUGAGACAAGUAUGCAUAAAAGAAAACCGAUGAUGCUGAAGUUACCGUUAAGGAAUAGAAGUCAUGUGAGGGGAAUUGUGGCACCGGACGAGCCAAAAGCGAUUAUGCCUCCACGACGACUACAAGCCAUCAACCACACAAUUUGCGUAGAGAGUGGCAAUGGAUUAGGAAGACAUACAAGACCUUUUUUCGAUGCCCAUGUUGUGAAUCGCAUGGAUGCAAAUGACGCACCAAAUCCUGCCAUGGCGAUAUCACCAGACUGUCGCAUAGAAAAUAUUCGUCAGACGGUAGCUGCGGCCACAGUUAUGUCGCCACGUCUAGAACUAUCCGAUGUGACAUCCAUCUCCGUGGAUAAAAGUCAAUCACCAGAAGUCCUCUCCGUCGAGUGCGUCGAUGUCUCACGGCCAGUGAAACCAAUACCCUUUUCACGGCCUUUGUCCGAUACAAUGGGAUUAAUGGAUGCAGGAGAAGGCCUUCGAAAAUCUUUGGCACGCCUUCCCCCACGCAAGAUUAGUGGAAGCAGCGGUGCGGACGAAGCACCAAUGAUGCCUAGACCGAAAAAUACGGCCGUAUCCCCGCCACUUCCCUUGGAGCGGAAUGAAAAAAAGAAAAACAAAAAAGAAGACCGAAACGAUGUACUGUCAAGGGAAGAUGAAGUGGACGACUUUUCCGUUCAAUUUGAGGAUGACAACAGUGAGUUUAGAGCCCGUGAUUCCACUGAUAUUCCCAUUUACCAGCCCGUCGGUUUUAUGAUGCCUCCUCGACCUGGUGCUGUAAAAAGCGAGAAUAAAACGUCCAUCAUUGCAGCGAGGAAACGCAACCCCAGUAGUGGCACGAGAAGGCCAGAAAGUGAAAAUGGUCCCUGCGGCACCCGCCAAGACUACCAUCUUUGCACACUUCGAAAAAAGGGUCUUUCAACAGGCAUUCAGGAGUUUGCAACGUCUGCGCCAGUCAGAACGACUGGGAUAAACUCUCAUCCAAGCAGACUCCAACCAUUGAGUUUGCCCUUGCCACCGCGCACGUCCACUGUGUCCGCUACCAGCAGCGGUGCACUGACGGAGACGAAAGAGUCUGAACAGGAAGAAGAGAAGAAAAAAAACCCUGCAUACAAAUCUUACAAUUUGAAAGACUACAAAUUGAUGAUGGAACAGGUGACGCAUCUUAAAUUAGGAGGUCUGGGGCCUGCUGACACGGACGAACAACGUCAAGCGAAGGAAAAGAUGCACCGUCAGUGUCAAUACGGCAAGUUAGUGGAGAAGAAAGCCGUAGAGAGGAUACGUGAAAAGCAGCAGCAGCGUAUUAUUCAAAAACUAAAGUUGGGAGAAGGAGGCGAUGCCGAUUUUGUUUUAAAUGGGACACCAAAUAAAAUGCCGCAACAACCACCUCCCCCAGAACGCAUUCAGGCACAAGAACGAAGGUCACGUGCCCUGGACUACGCCCGAAAUCUCCCACGACCAGAACUGCCUGCUUCACGCAAAAUGCGUGACGACAAUAGCAUCUCAACCUUGGAGCCUGGCACCCUACAAUGGCGCUCACAGCAGGAUGAGGCAACAUGGCGUCGCGAACAGCGCCUGAAGGAACUUGAGGCGAGGCAUCGUAUUGACCGAGAACGUGUAGCGGCCGUCAAGCGACAACUGGGGUAUUGA